CUCAGAUUUCAUUGAAGACCAGUAAGUGUUCUAGGCUGUUUCUUUUCCAGAUUCGUCUGAAUUAAUCUGACCGAAUACAGCACCAAUUACACGGCCUAUUAUGGCUUUUCAGAGAACGCCAACGAGGCUUGGGACGACUUGAUGGACCCUUACCGGUCCCAGAUCUCUGGUGAAGAUGCUGCAAAAUUGUUGCGUCCGACAUCACAGAUCUCUAAGGAUCCCGACCUCCACAUAAUGGCACUGGAUGUGUAUCACCAACUGCAUUGUUUAAACGACUUGAGGGAGACAUUUGCCAAGCUUGCCACUUCCGAUCAGAAGAAACUCAACCACCUGGAAGAAAUGCACAAGUUCCACUGCAUCGACUCGAUCCGACAGAGCUUGAUGUGUAAUGCAGACAUCAGUCUCGUUCAUUGGUACUGGAAGGAAGAGUCCCAGAAGCACUUCCCAAGUGCGGUGACGACACAUGUUUGUAGAAAAUGGUCGAAAAUAGAAGAAUGGGCGAUCAGCCAUAGGCUUAAUGACAGCUUGUGGGACCCUAGGAAACUGAUCGAAGAGCACUGAAAUUGAUUAUAACGAGCACUAUCCAUUUGACUUUACCCAAGCGAAGUGAAUUGCCAACCUAAUUCAUCCAGGCCAAUGGAAUGGCGGUCGAUAGCGACCACUUGAUGAACCUGUUGUGCAAUUUAUCCCCUGCGCUAUGACGAGGCAGGUGUGGACAGGUGCAGCAAGAUGAGACUCAACGUAUACAUCACUAGUGAUCCCAGUGAGACGAAAGCUGCCAUUGUGAUAGGCUUGUUUGUGAGGUUGAGUCACAGAUAUGAGUUGCCAGUUAAGAGAGUCUGGUUCGCGGUCUGGCGUGGCGGAGAGUGUGCGACAUAGCUUCCAACAGCAAGUGGCACGAAGUUGAUCGCCAGGGAGGCUGGCGAGAGGGAAAUAUGAAGCAACAUAGUACCUUCAAGCGCUAUGAAUAAGAAAUACAAUGUGCAAUUGAGCUGGAU